CAUACUGUUUGUACUAGUGUGCUCUGUUCCAGGAUCGGAUGGUGUCGUUGUCUUUUAUUUCACGUCCAUGCUGAUUCACUGUCAUGGCAACCAUCUGUGUAGCAACCUCGCCUUCUCCAUAAGACAGCUGUCAGAAGUCAGUCUACUUUGUAAAGAUGAUGGUAUCGGAUACAACAUAGUCUCCAUGUGGGCCCGUGGGAGAACCAAUCAACUUUAGUUUGGAAGAACUCAACCAAGGAACAAUGCAUCAAAGUACCAGAACAACUAUUUGAACCUAAAGGCAACUGCUUGGGAGAAGAACCAAAGCUUUGAAGAAGAUGCCGGACGACGACAGGCGACAUGUCUCUACCAUCUGAGGACUGCUAUUGCCGGCGUUUCCAGCCCAACACCUUUGACCCGUCUCGUUGCAGCACCUGCCUGCGGCCAGAUCACAUGCACCUUAACACUGCACCUGAAGAUGCUUCACAAAAGUGGGAGUUGGGUGAUGAUGAGCAAGUCUUAUCUGAGGUGAACUCAAGUGCCAGCAGUGAUGACAUCACAGAUGCUUGGACCUACGAGUGGAGUCUUGUCCGCAGUUUGAGUCCUGAGUGCGAACUUGAUAUCUGUGACACUGACACACAAUCUAGCUCUACAAAUAAUAGCCACAGUCCAGAGAGGAGCAGGUCCCCAAGUUCAGAAAGGAAUUGUGUCACCCUCGGAGAUAUGACCCGGAUGGACCCUUCUCCCAUUCGCAGUGCUGGGAGUCCCUGGAUGGACGAGAGGAGAGGCAGGAACAGAUCCCGCAGAACUUCAGAGUCCAGAGGAGUCAGGGAACAAGAAAGUGGCUACUUCUCUCCAGACCGAAGAACUGAUAGUGAACAUCUGACAGAGGAUGUCAACAAAAAAUCUUAUCGCUACUACGAGAGGGGUCGUCCACUCCCCAACAAUUACGUCCCUGAACCCAAAGCCUCUGUCCCGUAUCGGAACAUCAAUCUCGGUGUUCCCUCCCAGAGGAGGAACCCUGAAACGUACAUGCUGGACACUUGGAGAAGCGAAUCUCCUCAGAGGUAUUCAUACCACUCCAAUUUCCGAAAGGGGACCGAGUCAUCGAGGAACUCUCCAACACGUCAUAGCUCAGUGAGCCCAGACAGACACAAGAGCUCAGACCACCGAAUGCGCUCUCUCUCCAGAAGUGAGACUCGAUCUCAUGGCUCGUCUCACCUUCCCUCUCAGCGUACAUCCAGCAGGUCCAGCUCAUCACGUAGACGAGGCUCCUUUGCCUCUCGAACGGUGUCACCGUCCAGACUAACAGCUUCUCACAAGCGCACCGACUCCUUUUCACAAAAUGGAGGCUAUGAAGCACAAGGAGGAUGUAGCCGAGAAUCCAAAAGCCCAUCACAAACUUCCAACAAGCAUAGUUUAGACUCUGAGAGGCUCUACAGAAAUCUGGAGUCCAUCUCCCGCCGUACUUCCUCCUCAAUAUUUCAACAGAACACAAAUGAGGGAUCCCAGAGAUCUCCUCGAAGCAAAGAAGGCUCUCUGUCCAGAAAUGGCUCACACAACAACACCUCACCAAAACUAAGCGCCUCUCCUGGAUCCUGGCAGGGAUCUUCACAGUCUGUGCUGGGCAUUCCCAUCUCUCGUAGUUUGAAACAUGGCACGGAUCACCAAGGGUCGGCUGGGUCGCCGCCACCUGUCGUGAUCCCGGAAAUGGACGAGAGCAAAAAUACAAAGAUCGGCCGUGACAGAAGCAGGAGUAACGUGAGGAGCGGCAUGGAGGCCUUGCUCCUCUCUGAACCCAAGACGGCUGCUCAAGAGCUCGAGGAGGUGGGGAUGACAUUGGAAGACUACAUCGUACUGGCUGACAUUCCGACAAUCCAAGUGGAGUCAGAGGAAGACUUUCCAGGUCUGACGAAGAGGAACCAGAGUCCAAGUCCUUGUAGAGAACAAAGGUUUCGGACUCAAAGCCAUCAACCUCAGGCUGAAUUCUACAGUUGGAAUUUUGCUUCGGAUGAGAGAGGCAGAGGUAGAGAGCGAGGGAGAGACAGGAGAGAGAAGAAGGACUCGGAGAACGGUCGCUUAUCACAAAGACAGUCGACAACAUCUCUCCAUACACAGAAUUCAGACAAGCAAAGUGGGGAGCAGAGAGACUCAAAGCCGGAUGAGCGAGGACUUCACGACUGUCCGCAGACACAGAUGCUGCGACUCUGAAGGGGUGGAUGUCUCGACUGGAUGAAAACGACAAGUGGAGGAAACACUGGUUUGUUCUGGAUGAUGAGUCGCUGAAAUAUUACAAGGACCCAGAGGCUGAGGAG